AUGCAGAACGAAGAGGGUCAGAUCACAGAACUAUACGUUCCUAGGAAAUGCUCUGCUACUAACCGGAUGAUCACAUCAAAGGAUCACGCCUCUGUUCAGCUCAACAUUGGGCAUUUAGAUGCUGAUGGCAUCUACACCGGACAGUUCACUACCUUUGCUCUCUGCGGUUUUGUUCGUGCCCAGGGAGAUGCAGACAGUGGCGUGGACAGGCUGUGGCAGAAGAAGAAGGUCGAAGCCAAACAAAUCUAAAGAUGCUUUAUUAAGCUGUCGUUCUCCUUUGUUAUUAUUUAGUUAAAAGAAAGAUCAUCGGAUGUACUGAAGUAAUGAUUUUUUGCUUGACGCUUGGUUAUAAUGCUUUUGCUUGUCAUACAUUUUUCUCUAGUGAGAUACUAUAAAGUAUAAACCUUUCACAUU